GUCUAUAUGUCCGAGCCUUUGAUUUUUUGAAUAUUGCUUGCUUACUAUAUGUCUGUCGAUUUCACAAACACGAAUGUUGAGAUCAGGGCAAUCUAUGUAAGCCACUAUUGUACUAACAUGACCUAAUUAUUUGGUGUACGCCAAACCAAAGGACCCCUACAGCAAUAGUAGCAUAUUUUAGAGGGUCAAUUAUGAAAUAUUAAUUCUAUAGGGUUGCAGUUCUAACUAACAAAAACUGCUCUCGUUGGCCUAAUUAAUUUAAGCAUUCCCCACGCAAAGAAUUGUUCCAAAGUGAAACUAAGAAAUAUUAAACGUAACCAUUAAUUUGAUUUUAAUGUAACAAGUUGCAUUAAUUAUACUAACAAAUUAAGAAAGUUAGUAAUUAAUCCAGCUCACGGAUUAUCUUGAGAUUUCUCUAUAAAAUUCACCUUUUUUCCUAAUAUGUGAAAAGUUGAUAUUAACAAAGUGAAUUUUAGUUUUGUUUCUUUCGCAAAAUUUAAUUUCUUGUUCACCAAUUCACGACUUUCGGUAUAUGUGUAUGACUGUUUGCAGGUUACGAUCAGUUGUUGAUUAAAAAAGAGAAAGAGAGAUGCAAAGUAAAAUCUUCCUUAGAGAAUAUUAGCAGAACAAUAGAAUAGGCAAAAAGGGUAUAAAGAAUUUAUAAGAUCUGAAUUAUAUGGAAUGCAGUCUGCUAGAAGUAGUUGUUUUUCUUCAAGAAAGCAAUCGUCAAGUUUUCAAGGACAUAUGUAUGGAAGGGGAAGAAUGUUCUUUGGAAAAUUGUGAGUUGAACCACCAUAAUAUUUAUUACAUGCUCAAGUAUGAUCUGGACAAUAAUGCAGAAUUAGAGAACACAGUAUCUGAAUUGUACAAGGGGAAUGUUAUGCAGUUCGAUGACUCUAAGAAGCUAUUGAUGGAAGGUGAAGCUGCUACUGAGAUUGCUGAUGCCAUUUCCUUUAGCCAUGAUGUGCCAAAACGUCCAAGUUUGGACGGAGAGCAGGUUGAUCAAGAAGAGAAUCAGGAUCAAGAGAUGAAACCAGUCUCGAUGGCCUCUAAGUUCGUCUCCAAGGAAGCAUGUUGUAAUACAGGUAGAAUAGCAGAUUCAUUUUCUGGAGAAGGAUCAGUACCAAAUACAAACGCUGAAAACAGCACAGGGACUGAAGACGGAACACCACGAAGUUUAGCGUCAUUGUUUGCAGAUCAGAACAACACUGAAAAGCUUCCAGAUCGUCAAGACAUGAAUCUUGUAGUCUCGGCAACGAAGCAAUGUCAUGAUAACAUCUCUAUUCGCUCAAGUAGCACCAACAGCACAAAAUCUUUCGCGUUUCCUAUACUAACCUCGGAGUGGGCCGGCAGCCCUGUCAAGAUGCUGGAAGCUGAUAAGAGAGAUUCUAAAAGGCGAUGUUGUCGUUGGAGAAUGUGCUUUGAUUUCUGCAAAUUUUGAUUUUUACACAGCUGCAGUUUCUACAACUGUCUUUGUCAUAGCUCUUCUUUUGUAUAUUGAGUAGAGUCCAUAGAUAGGCAGGUUGAAAUCUAGUUCGAGCAAUAAAAAUUUGCCCCUUUUUCAGAAUCCUCCUGAAAAAUACAUCGGCCUUGGAGGCUUUCUUUCGUCAAAUAUGGCCGUGUGGUUAUAAUGGUCAAAAAUACAUCUAAAUUGCUUUGUUUUUGUUACUUGUGAGAUUGACAAGAAUGAGAAGAUGAGUUUGGUUUAUUCAAAAAUCUAAA